AUGGCCACGAUCGCCUACCGCUACACCUUCCUCGACGUGCUCCUGGAGGAGGAGGACCGGGCGCGAGAGCUCCGCGGACCCGAUGCCGGUCGAGCACGCAGUGCGCCGGCGAGCCGCGGGUGCCGAAAAGAAGCCCGGGAUUUGGAGGAGCUAGAGAAGCACCGCUAUGUGCUCUCCCUUCCCAAGCCAGAGCCCAAGAAGUCGCCGAAAUGGGGCGAGGAGUUCAGCGUUGGCAGCGUAGGGCACCCGAACCUUUGCCAGCGCCCAUGCGUUCACACCGCCGCUGGGAGGCGCUGUGAGGCUGGUGCUGGAUGUGAAUUCUGCCACCUCCACCACAGCCACAUCAUGAAGAUGGACAAGAUGCAGCGCCGCAUGAUUGAUGAGAUGCCGAAGGGCGACUUCUUGUACCUUGUCCUCCAGCUCCUCCAAGAAAAGGCUCGAGAUGCAAAGAUUCAAGGCACAGAGGCUCUUUUCGACAUCCUCGAGAAGGAGCUGCAAUCCACGAAGUCCGAGGUCUUGCAUGAGAUUCGGAAAUCUCCUCCCAGGCGUCUACUCCGCUGCCUGCGCCAAGGAAGCUUCGCUGCUGUUUCAAGCUUGGCCGCAAGGAAGUGUGCAAAAGGUAGCAUGAUCCGAGUUCGUGAGGCUAUGCAAGCUUUGCGAGCACAGGCGCAAGCCUCUGAGCCAACGGCCCAAGGCUCGUCAAAUUAG